CACGUUGCCAUUGGAGUAAUUGGAACAUUCGGGAACAUACUUGUAUUCAAAGUCAUCCUCAGCCAACGGAAAAGAAAAGUUAGCGAAUAUCUGAUUUUGAAUCUCUGUGUUACUGAUCUUGGAGCUUGUGUGGUAAGCGUUCCGCUGGAUUUAGUAGAACUAGCUUUGAGGAGGUUUCCUUUUGGCAAGUUUAUGUGCAGCGUUGCAUAUCCUUUUCAGACUGUUCUUAUGGCGGUAUCUGUUAUGACGUUAUUGGAAAUGAGUUACGAGAGGUAUCGUUUGAUUGUAACACCUUUUAAACGACGAAUAAACUCAAAGAUAGCUAUUUGUACGAUUAUUGUAACUUGGGGUAUAUCUAGUCUUCUGAUUUUACCAUAUAUGAUGGUUCUACGCCUUGAAAAUAACCAAUGCAUUGAGAAAUGGCCCUUGGAAUUCUACCGUAAAGUAUAUACAGUAUCUGUAUUCCUUGUCCUAUAUAUUAUCCCUCUUCUAAUAAUAACCAUUUCUUACACACUUGUAAUACGGAACUUGAACCAAGACUCAAGAAAACAAAUUAUGGAGUGUUUUGAAUCGACAUGUAAUAGAAGUGCACAUAUGCGGAGURUGAUGAUCUCCAKAGUACAACGCAACAUGAAAGUUGUCAAGAUCUUUAUGUCUGCCGGAGUUGYCUUUGCGGUCUGUAUGCUACCYACACAUCUCUGUUGGCUGUGGCAUGAUUUUGGUUCGGGUUACACCAACAAACAUUUCACAAAGCUUGUAACAUUUAGUAACGUACUUAUGUACUUAAACAGUGCAAUCGAUCCAUUUAUUUUUGGAUCGUUGAAGGUGAGGCAGUUGUGUUUGGAUAUCACUUGCUGUCGUGUUUGUAGAGAAAAGCGGCACCGGGGAAAUUUGUUUAGGCUGCGUACCACAACCAAGCAAAACCUGUUGCAUACGACAGAACAAGAGGUUAUACAUGAUCGUGUGACGAGCUUGUGAAGAAUGUCGAAGUAACCUUUGAUUCCCGCAUGAUGAAAUAAUUUUCUGUAUCCUAACAAAUCUGUGAUAGCUAAUUUUGAGCUCAAUAAAGUCAUGAUAAAACGUGUUUCCAACGAAUGAUGCAUUUAGCAACGGCUGAAUGACAGGCAAAAGUAAAGCGAAGUAUUGUCUACAAAAAUGGCUAUUUUGGAUUAAAUUCAUCAGUAGUUUAAUGUUGCAUUUUGGUUGAGCRUGUGAUAUCUAAAAGACUCGUUUCAUAAUCAAUUUACCGCGAUAACUCGAGCAGCUAUUCACUGGCUAAAGAAAGUUUCAAAAAAUCUAAAACACUUCUAAAACACUGUAAAAAUAGUAUCCAGAAAAACAGAAGAAAGGACUAAGAAAUGGGAAGCAAGGCUCCUUGGGUACUAUAUCUUUUUCAUCCGGUGAAAUUUCAAACAGCAGGUGGUAUGAAGAAAAAAAAAACGGAUUAUCUCUAAGUUUGAG